AUGCCUGGGACCAUAAUUCGGAUACGCGAAGGCGAUAUCAUGAAGGCCAAGCCGAAGCACUUCCUCCCUCGUCCAGACGGUGUGGGAAGCGUUGGCCAACACCCUGUGAUCGUUCUCACACCGCCGGACCGCGAAGGCUUCCUCUUCGUGACCCCCAUGUCGCACAGUCACCCCGAGGGUACCCCAACGAAGAGGGGAUCCCUGUACGGCCUGCCCGUCGAUCCCCUGAAGGGCGAGAGCCGCGUGAAUAUCGGGCAGCCGAAGCUUGUCCAUCAAGACAAUUUGAAAGCGAACACACCUCAUGUCGCCAUGUCAUAUGGCGACUUUGUUGCACUUAAAACAGAUAUCUUUAAAAACCUGCAGCAAUACCGUUGCUAUCGACAGGUCUAA